CUUGUUAACAUAAUUCUGUGUGCAGCCAGCAGAUGAAUAUUUAAGAGUCCUGUGUAAUGAGGAUGAGCCGUUUUUAGGUUGGUGUCUCACAUCUUUUGUUUAUUUGUUUAGUUUUACCGUGAUUCAUGCAUUGUAGGUGAUAAGGAAAAGGGAGGGAAAAGAUUAUGAUGUUCUAAUAUCAGUCCGUCCCACUCGUUUUGAGUACAAAUGCAGCAGAGUAGAGCUGGGACCGCAUUCCACCCCUCUGACGACUGACCUCGCACACAAGCACACGCACGCGAACACACACACUGUUCCAGGCGCCCACGUCACACGCUCAUCAUACCACUUUCUGGAGGAAGUUCAGACCAGUAGAAGGGGAUGCUGGCGGCUGGCAGCCACUGACACCAACUUUCAGUACACAGUUGAACUCGACACACUGCACCUUCAUCUUAGGAGAAACCAAAAAGCCCUGAGGAGCAUACAGAAGAAUACCAGAACUUGACCUGACUCUUGACACAGCCAUCACUGCUGGAAAAAUAAGCUUGGGACAGAGUCUGUGGGCCUGAAGCAUCAGGAUGCUAGCUAAAAUCCUGGAGGAGAUGUGGGUGGAGCCAGAGGUACUGGAGGCCUUGAGCGAAGAGCAGAAGAGGAUCCUCUUCCUCAAGAUGAGAGAGGAGCAAGUCCGCCGCUGGAGGGAGAGGGAGGAGCGUGAAGGAGAAGACAGCAGCAGCAGGCCAAAGAAAGCCACCAGUAAGCAUGUAAGUUGGCUCCUCGGUCGUGAUGGAGAUGUGUGCGUCCGUGUGAUUGGAGAAGUGGAUGAGUUCAGGUCCUCCAAACUUCUCCAGAAUCUUCUCAAUAACAGGCUCCAUCGUGAUAAUAUGAAUGGCAUCCAGACAGCAGACAUGCAGGCAGGAAAAAAUCCCCAGCAGCUUGGAUUUAAAGAGGAAACGCAGCUUGCUGUCCCUGAUGGCACCAGUAAUGACGCUGGCUCACCGCACAUCCAAUCAUCUGAGGACGAGAUGGACUCCUACAGCGCAGAUGACGACCCGAAGGACCCCGGCGAGGGUAGUGACAGCGAAUCAGGCAGCAGCUCGGACAACCUCAGCGACUGGGCUCCUCUCUACAGGCCACAUCUUAGUAGCCAUGGCAACAAACCGGCACUCAAAGCCCAGCUGUUUGACGCAGAGCGGGUCAGCCCACAGGCCAGAGAUGUCCUAAGUGUUCAAGAAUAUGGAGGCAGAGUGGCCCAGCUCAGGAGAGCUUUUGGAUCUGAUUCUUCUCACAGCUUCAGCAAGCCUCCUUUACCUGCCAAACCUGCUCAUCUACUGACCAGAGGCAUGCGACUGAUCCAUUAGCACUCUUCUAGGCCUGCUUUGAAGCAAAGCUGUAACCCCGAAGAGAGUGAUGGCCUGAAUAGUGUCACAAGUCCUGUGUAGGGAGUAACUAUACAUCCUCAAGAUAUGUGUGGUCCAGGCUCAUGCCGUACGACAGCAGAGCAGGACCCUGACUUGAACCGCAAAGGUGAACUGAGCAUGAAGAAAUAUGCAAAGAGACAGUUCAAUCACCAUCUAGGACAACAUGCAAAUGAAAACUCAUAAUCAAUGACUGUUUUUCUUAAUGAGAUUACGCUAUAAUGUAUGUGUGUGUAUGGUGUGUUCCUAAGUACAGUAUUGUACUGAGCAAUCACAAUGUUUGUUGUUUUGUCUUUUCAUUUUGAAAAAAAAAAAAAAAACAGCAAUAGUCGGACAGACACAGCUAACAGGAUAUUACAAGAAAAUAUAAAACGAAUUUCCACAAAAAUUCUGCUGGCACAAGAACCCCAAAGUUGAACUCAUAAUAUUAUUAGAUUAUAAAUGCAUCAAUGGAUCCAUCCACACCUCACAAUCCUUAUGGUGCUGCCCAUCUGUUCACCAUCAUUCAUGUACACGAAGUAUCGUAGGAAUCUAGUCAUUAUAGUAAUGCUAGAACAACUAAUCUAACCCAAUGGUACACAGACGGGGCUUUAACAAUGCUUAGCCUUUAUGGCUGAAUUUUAAAUAUAUAUUUGUGUCAGUUCAAGUCAUGUGUCAUGAGUGAACACUAUGAAUGUCCGACAUUCUCGUGAAGAAUACCAAUGAUUCAGUGUUCCGACAUUUUUAACAGGUUAUGGACCUGUUGUCAAGCUACAUCGUGCACCUUGCUCCACCUUCUCCUCAUUCUGUCCCUCCCCAAAUUAUUACAACCCUUUUUCAGUGAAUGUAACUUGUAUGUGAGCAUUUGGAUGAAACUGUGACAUGGAGCUGACCUACUGUAAAGUGCUUGAACAAAGGAUUUCACAACGUGACAAUCUUUAAAUCUACUGAUAUCCCAGGAAUUCAGAUUUUUCGUGCUCAUAGGAGAUAAGACGGAUUAAAUCAAUGUAUCUGUACUUCUUAGUUUUAUUGAUUGUUCAAAUGAGCAAUUGCAUGUGACACUUGUUGUUAACUGCUCGAUGGCAGUGCAAAAAGACGAAAUAAGUGGACCUUUUUGCCAUAGAAACAUCAUAAAAUACAGUACGGUGCACUCAUCUGCAAGCUACUUGUACUACUAGUAAAGUGCUAGAUGUUAACAAGUCUAAUUUGAUAAUUUCAGUAGUGGUUCUAGUAGCACACAGCUUUCAACUCGUGCACAGUUUUGCCUCAUUAGUAACGUAGUUGUUUUACUAGUGCGCCCUAUAGUCGUUCAACUAGUGCACUGAAUUGUCCUACGAGUGAGGACAAAGAGAAAGAGAAUACUAGUACAUGGACAGGACGUUAUUCUUUCCAUAGCAGUGCAAGUGCGUUGAAACGACUUAACAGUUUCAUUUGUUGUCUAGUGUACUGGUGAACACAGCCAAAAGGAGUCAAAGCAUGUCAAAUAUUUACAGAGCAAACUGUACUGUGUCCCUUUAGGGGGGGGUCCACUAAAAAAAAAAAAAAAAAAAAAAAACAUCAAAACAAAAAGUAGUGUGUUGUAGUGUGACAUGUGCAGGCGUUGCCAUUAAGUGGAAAAGGAUGUGCUAUAUUGGCUUAAGUGAUGCAUUCUCGUGUUUGAAAUUGUACCUAAUAGUAACAUAUUUUCACUAAAUUGGUUGAUAUUUUGCCCGAACAAAAAAAAAAGAGUAAUAAUGCAAGACGGGACUUUAUUUUAUGUUUUACUGAAGUUGUGUGUGUCUUGAAGGCGGCCCAUGUGAGGGGGGUUGGGGGUGGAGGGGGCGUUCUGAUAGGGUUAGACAAGGAGGCUGUUGAUAGUGGCCGGCUCGCACAAUGAUUAUCUAUUCAGCAAGGAAUCAGCCCACCAGAGAUCAAACAGAGAGCACAUAAAGCUGAUUAGCAUGUGGUUAAGACGUAGAGACAGAGGGCGAGACGCUCGGGGAGACGGAGCAAACGCGAGUUGGGUCACGGGGAAGCAACACGUCAUAGCCGACUCAUUAAAGCGCUCACAUAAUUCCCUCACCACCUCCACAACCUCAGCCUCAGGAUUUGCCGUCUGUGUGUGUGUGCGUGUGUCCGCCCCAUAUCUUGGAUCAUGUGACUAGACACGCACGCACUGUGAAAAGGCCCACUAUAUUUAGCAGGGCAGUGUAGGGUUUCCCAGCCAGGCAUUGUAGAGAGAGCGGUCAAACUUUGUCGCACAAGAAAGUGCACAUCAUAUCAAGUGUGAGAGGCGAG